AGCUCGUUGGUCUGUGUUCAUCUUUUCGUCUGCAAGCUCACAUCAAGGAGCGGUUCGGGAUUCAGAAUAGUUAUUAUUUUGUUUAUUGUAGAUCUCAUUGUUGCUUUUAUUUCAUUUUUAGUAAUGAUUCUUCACAACAGAUAAAUUUUCUACAUAUCACAUUGAAUAUGGAGUCAUUCAGAACUAGUAAAGGUGUUCCCAGAAUAUUGUGAGACUAUUGAGAUAUGGGAUUGAGAGCUGCUGUACAAGCUCUGAAGAAAGCAGAACGUUUGAAAGAAAAAGUAGCAAACUCAAAGGAUCCUCUAAAUGACAAAGAGGCUUGGAUUUGCCAACAACAACUGCAGAGAAUAUACCAACAAGUGCUGAUUAUUGAUUUGGAGUAUGCGCUUGAUAAGAAGGUUGAACAGGAUCUGUGGAAUCAUGGAUUCAAAAAGCAUAUCGGAACACUGCAAGCUCUGGCAAAGGAUAAAAAGUCCAGGAAAAAUUCUUUGUUUGGAAACUUUAGAAAAUCGAGAGCGAUUCAAUUUGUUAAUAAGCCACAUAAAAACUCGUGCUACUACAUUUGUCAGCAUUGUCUGGUUCAUUUGGGAGACAUCGCCAGAUAUCGCAACCAAUGUCGGCAGGCUGAAGCCUUCUAUAGGUCUGUUCUAUAUUGUAGUAUUAUGUCUCAUUUUUGUAAAUUUUGUAUAAAUGGGAUUCCAUCACAACUGGAGCUGAUCGCCCUUUCAAACUCUUCACUACCUCCUCCAAUUCCUGCCUUGAGACCGGUUGCAGUUGAAAUUCAGAGUCCGCAGCAUGUUCAUCAUCUCUCACUACUGGUGCAUCCUGGGUUAAAUGUCGAAGGUCGUACGAAGUUGACAAGCUCGGAAUAUGUGAUGCUAUUUCUGAAAUUGCAUGCCAUGUUGCAUCUGUCGUCGGAGCUGGACAGCUGUGCCGGAUAUGUCCAAUUGCUGACUGAAACACUAACAGCUCACAUUGCAACUCAGUCCUUCAGCUCCUGCAAACUUGUCCAAAUGUUAACCAUCAACAUAUUUGCAUAUCAUCAUUCGAUUCGUGAUGCAGACAAUGAUCUCCAACUGACUGCCAACGAAAAAAGGAUUCGUAGUCUGGUGACUCACUUGAUCGCUGGGUCGCUUAAUGCGUUUCUGCUCCCCGUCUACACCUUGAAACACGAAAGCUCCAUGCUAGACUACUUUGCGUUACCAGCCAUUAAACUCACCAUGGAAUGGAUACGCUUGGAGCCUGAAGCGUUAGCCGAAAUGGGUUUCACGAAGCGUUUGCAAAUUUGGCCAGGACUUUGUCGACUGUUGAACGGAUUGCAAACUUCCAUCCAACAUUUUUCGAAAAACUCGUAUUCAGAUGUACCUCUACCCGAGGAUAGGGACCUGCAGGGCUUCAAGCUGCUCGAAAAGUCUUUCAAUGGACUGAACUUCGGCAGUAAAGAAACAGACGCCAAAAUCUUGAUGAAACUGAGAUCAAGUCGACUUGUGGAAUUGGGCAAAUGGAUUGCUCAAUUGGAUCAGCCCAAACUGAUUACUGCCAAAGUGAGUGAGGACAGCACUAUAUUUGAGGCGAUGGGCGGCAGUGGCAGGGGGUGCCAGGCCUCUCCCUCCACCGAGCUGCUGAGAGUGCUCGAGGAGCUGAGCCUCACCAAGGGGGACGACUCCCCCCGUUCCUCUUGCGACACACCCUCCAGUAGCACACCCGAACUCAACAACCCUGCCGCGCAGCUGCUUGCUGCAUUCCAAACUGUUCAAGAAAAGCGAGCUGGUAUUUUAAAGCCUCAGCCAAGUUCGGAAGAAUCCGGAACAAGAGGAAGAACACGCCAAAAUGUUGCUUUGCAAGCAAUCUUGAAGCGCACGCAAGAACAGGAAAUGAAACAGGUAAAAUUCAAAACCCCGUCACCGAGUCCCCCACCGCAACCGCCCCCGACUGCCCCUAAACCGCCUCCGCCGCAGCUGCAACCGCCGUUCACGUUCCCGCCCACUCCACCAAUGUCGAACGCUUUCCACUUUCCGCCGCCUCCGCCCGCCACCGCGCUUGACACGCGGUUUCCGCCGCCUCCGACCGUGUUUGCCGCUCCGCCCCCGACCAACCCCUGGCAGGGGCAAGAUGAGAAGCGGCAGCCGCCGCCUCCGCUCUGGUGGACUUCGGCCACCGCAGACAGACAAGUGCCGCCCCACUCGCCUAGGGAACCUGCCAACAGGUCACCAUUCAAAACACACAUUUCACUAACAUUAACUUACUACAAAAUAUUGAAAGGUGACCCAUCUCAUAUGGGUAAUACAUUUUCUCCGACUUACUCGCUGUUCAGUGGAGCAUGGGCAUCUCAUCAGCAGCCGACAGCGUCUGCGUCCACUGCUACUGCUACAACACUCGUCAACAUUGGCCAACAGUCUUUGUGGUCUGGUCCGGGGCCGUCGCCGCUUGAGAGGCUACUGGAACAGCAGAAACAGCUGCGAGAAGGUCCGGCGCCUAAAGGAGGAACCUGAGACACUAGUCAAGGCAAACAAGUCGCCGGCUAAACGCCAACCACAUGAGUCCAUUCACCUGACAUGUUCAGUAGCAGCGGGUUUUCAAACUGGCCGUUUUCAUUCAUAGAUGUUCACUCAUUCUGUGGCCCCAUUUCUGUUCGAUGUUUUACAUGUGUAUCGAAAGAACGUGCUAUCCCAAAGCCUACUGUCAUGCUACUAUGCUGGAAAUCAACUGAAUCGAGAGAGAACUACUACUGUAUUCAUAUGGACUGAACCUGGUUCAUUCGCCUUGUGUAUAACUGUACUAAAAUACCUCUAAACAAGAAUUACAACAAACACAAUUAUACAAUUACCAGGAUCAUCUUAUACCAGAGGAUCGGACACAUACGCAUCUAUUAUUAUUUAGAAAAAAAUCUUUGAUUAAUCUUGGAGAAUUGUUAAAAUGAUGAAGCGUACUAAAGAUUCUGAGUAGAAUCUUUAUUCACAAAGAAUGACUCUUAGAAGAAUCGUUAUCUACAAAUAAUGAAAACUAUGCGUUUGUAGGUUAGAAAUGGACUGAAAAAUAACGUAAAAAAUUGAUACCCAUAUUGAUGACGAUUAGCCUAGUUUGACAAUAUCACGAAUAUGAAUAGGCUAUGGAAUAU